AUGUUCGUGGGGUCUUGGAUCGCCUCAUGGGUGAGCUUGGCUUUCAAUUCGUAUCAGAUGGUCUUUGGCCACGGUAGCCUGAAGCUGGACGUGUUGUAUGUAGCCCCGGUCAUGGUUCUGUUGCUGGGUCUGUUCAUGACGAAUCUCCAGGGGUACUUGGAGGAGCACGAAGCAGACCCUGCAUUGGCCAAAGCUGCAGCUUGGGACAUGGACAUGGCCCUGGGGCGGGGAGUUCCACUGUCCAUGGUCUCCUUCUACCUGGCAAGCCGUCACCUGGUAGAAGCACCGACAUGUCAGCUCGCAGCCAGCGUUGGCCGAGCUUUGAUCCAGGGCAGAGGGCCCGAAGCAGUCAGCCUGCUUGUGCCAGCCGUGGCAGGGCACAGGCAGAUUUGCAGUUUCGAGCUCCCCUUUGGAGGACUGGGAUUCAACUGCACGCCCAGCGAGGAUUUGAACCAGCCUCUCCUCCUCUCCCAGCUGCAGCAACCGGGCGUAAGCAAAACUGCAUUGGAUGAGCACCUCAACAAGAUCAGGCAUAUGGAAACAACAAUUUGGGAUGCAGCGCACUGUGAAGAGUCGGUUUGGAUGCUCCAGCCAUUGCAGGGGGCGAAUAGAUGCGGUCAGGAAUUUAGUGACCGUUGUCUCGACCCGAAAGUGGACCCCAGCCCUGGUCCAUUGCAAGAGUUCAACUUUUUCAUGAGAUCCCAGUUGGUGCCGAUACUGAAAGCAAACAGAAAAGCGGAGAAAGCUGCCCGAAGAAUAGCAGCAGAGUCCCCGGACUCGUGGAUACGCUUUGGAUCAACACUCGCCUCGUGGUCCUUCAUGGUUGAUCGAAUUGUACAGUUUCUGCAUUCGGACCGGAAAGCAGUUGGCCCCGAAGAACUUGCUGGUGUUCUGAUCACGUCUUGGAGGCAAUGGCACACCCAGUUCGUAGUCGGCCUUGUGUCCUUGCUUAUGUCGAUCCAGCCGAUCACCACCAUGGUAGGUACAAGCCGGCACCUGAAGCCUUUUCAGAAAAGGCGCCUGUCGAUCCACAUGGUUCUUGACAUACUAAUCGUUGAGUGCGCAGCAAUUUCAAUCCUCAACGCCAAGGUCAUUGUCCACUUCGGUAGCGGAUGGUGGCAGGCACUGCAAACUGUGUUGAGUACCCUCAGCGAUCAUGUAUUAAGCAGCCCCAAUCCAAGUAGUCCACAUCUCUCGAACAUUUGGGUGGACGCCACAGCCGCGGGGCCGGGCCUUAUCGAGCAGUGCGUGGAUGGGAUGAAAGUCGGUCCCGGCGUUUGCGCAAGACUGAUGGUUUCGGUGCUGGUCAUCUACAUCUCUUCGACGUGCCUGCUCGGGACAAGCUCCGUGACAAAGCGUUUCCCACUUGUGUCACGCUGGAACGCGGCCGUUGGAGGGCCUUUCCAGGUCCUUGGAGCCGUGUCAGAGGACGAGGUUCACGAGCUUUGCGGCCGCGUUCGCUGGCAGAUCCUGGUCAGAACGUUGCUUCUGAGUUUCCUCCUGGCUGUGUUUUUGCUGCCAGCCACAUCAUUUAGUGUGGGUAUGAUCACUUCACUGGUGCUGAAAGUUACAGUGUUCCGGGCCCCUUUCGUCAUCGGAUGGAUGGUCCUAGCGGCAUUGCACGUCGGCACGGGGAUGUUGGUUGUGGAGGACAUCGCAGAAAAUCAAAGUUCAAGAAAUUUAAGGCGAAGAUUGAGAGGCAUGGAAGCGGCUGAGGCUUCUGCAAGGUCGCAUCCUCCAUACGGAACCUUCGUGCCGCAGGCACAAGUCGGGUGUCCCGGAGCAUCUGUGGAGGCCCCAAUGCCAGAGGGUGCUGGGAUGCACGGCCCACAAGCUCCGUCUCCAUCUUUGCCGCCAGGCAUUCGCAUGGGCCCAGAGCCACAAGCCGGGUGGCAAGCAGCAUCUGCGGAAACUCCAUUUCGAGCGGGUGUUGGGAUGCAGAGCCCACAGGCUCCGUCUCCGUCUUUACCACCAAGCAGUCGUUUUGGCCCAGAUGGCGUCUAG